AUGGCUAUUGUCAAGACUGUCAGGAGCACCUCUGCAAAACUUGCUUUGAAACACCAUACAAGGCCAAAGCCAUCUAGGAAUCACAUUCUGCUGGACAAAGACGCAAUGCCCAUGCAGCCAAUUACCGUUGACAUUAACAUGGACACAAUCACGGACAAAUGUACUAAACAUAGGGAUAAGUCACUGGAGUUCUACUGUAACAAUCAUGAAGCUGUAGCAUGUUACGUUUGUGUUACACUUGAACACAAACAAUGUAAAGUGGACUAUAUUCCUGAUGUUUCAGGAAACUUAUCAGAUGAGUUUAUAAAAUUGUCUAAGAAGAUGGAAAUGCUGAUCAAGAAGUAUGAAUCAAAUAUCAGACGAGCUGAAGCUGCGACGAAACAACUUGAUCAAAGUCACGGAAACGUCGUUGACGAAAUAAAGCUUUUCAGGAAAGAAAUAAACGCAUAUUUGGAUCAGAUGGAGUCUGUAAUGAUGCAGGAAGCCGAUAAUCUUACUUCCACAGCAAAGCUUAAAUUGAAGAAUGUCCAGGUUGUAUGCGGAGAGAUAGCUAAGGAAGUGAAACGUUCACAGUCAGUUUUAAAUGCUUUAAGUAAAGAAAACAAACACAAUAAUCUUUUUAUUGAAAUGAAGAAUGUCAGUUCCGUUAUGACAACACUUGAUGACAAAGGAAGACAAGCUAUCGAAGACAACAAAAAAGAUGAUGAAAUCAGAUUUGUACGCAACGAAAAGAUACUUGAACAGUUGAAGAUUGCGAAAAACUUUGGGACUACUUUAACAUAUGAAGUACCCUCAGCAGAUAAGAAAUUGGAAGUACAAUAUGAACCAUCAUACUGCGUGACACUUCCAUCUGAAGACCGAUGUAAUAUUGUUGGAAUGGCUAUGAUUUCUGGCACACGAAUGGUAGUGGCUGAUAAUAACAAAAAAACUAUCAAAAUGAUUGCUGUAAACACGGGGGCGUUGGUAUCAGAUAUAAGUCUAUCUUCGACACCAUCUGAUGUUAUAAAACUUCCGGACAAUAAACUUGCAGUCGCCAUACCUAGUAAAAAGUGUAUACAGAUGAUAUCUUACAAUGACACAAAUUUGUUUUUAGAUCGUCGAAUAGAUAUUGGAGAAGAGUGUAAGUGUAUAGCUUAUGGUCAAGGUAAGCUUGUAGUCGGCUGUGGUAGUGGCACAGGAAAGCUAGUUAUUUUAGAUAUAACAGGAAAUAUCACACAGGUGUUUGAUACUCCUGGGUUGUUUGAUUCACCUGAAAAGAUUGUUAUCAGCAGUGACGAGAAAUUCAUGUAUGUAUCCAUUUACAAGAAUAAUUAUACAAACAAGAGUAUAAAAAUGGACUGGCAAGGAACUGUUGUACAAAUGUACGAGGAUCGGAAAUAUAUGUUCCCAAAGGGAAUACAAGAGUUAGAAGAUGGAACGCUGCUUGUGUGCUACAAUAACAGUGACUGCAUUAUAAGACUGUCUAGCAGCUUCAAGAAAUGUGAGGUCGUGGGACUAGAGAAAGCAAACCUUAUUUCUCCUAACGCUGUAACAUACAGUGAAAAAGAUCACAGACUGUUUAUUAGUUGUUCUCCUUCGAGGAUCCAUAAUAGAAAUGAUACAAUCAAGGUAUUCAAUGUAAGAUGGAACUAA